CCGAGGACGUUCACCGGCCAAUGACAGUGGUCAAAGGAACCCCAGCUAUUGCUAGGCAACGUUUGUUUGGUAUUAGUUGUUUGAGAAAUUGCGUUAGCAAAAGUUGAAGGAAAUAAGCUCUUUCUCAACAUUUUAAGACUGGGACAAAUAUAUAAUUUUACGCCAUGGCUCUUGAACCACGGGUUGUUUCCCAACUUGAACUGGAGGCUGUUAUUGGAUUUAACGGGCAUGUGGUUUCUGGCCUGAGAGUCCAUCCAGACAGAGAGCACCUGAUCUAUCCACUGGGGAGUACAGUCAUCAUAAAGAGAAUCAAAGAUGACAAGCAGGAGUUCCUGCAAGGACACACAAACAAUGUAUCCUGUAUUUCAGUGUCCAAAAGUGGAUCUUAUAUUGCCUCCGGACAAAACAACUUUAGUGGUUUUAAGGCUCCAAUUAUUAUCUGGGACUAUGAACAGCAAACAGAAUAUGCCCGGCUGUUGCUUCACAUGACAAAAGUGAAAGCACUGGCCUUCUCUCCAAAUGACAAGUACCUCGUGUCCAUAGGUGGGAAGGAUGAUGGCAGCAUAGUGGUAUGGAAUAUUGAAACCAAACAGGCCAUCUGUGGGAGCCCAGCUUUUGUGCAUAGUUCUGAUAAAUGCAUCACUGUUCAGUUCUCCAACACAAAUGACAAUGUGUUUGUUUCUGCUGGACGUGGAACAUUGCGAAUCUGGGAGCUGGACCUCCCCAACACGAAAAUCAGGCCCAUGGAAUGCCAGACUGGCAAGCUGAAGAGGAUUGUGAAAUGUGUCGAGAUUUCAGAGGAUGAUCAGUUCAUUUUCUGUGGCACCACCAGUGGAGACAUAAUGAAGAUCAACAUGAAGACGGGGCUUCUGACUAACUGUGGUCCAGUCAAAACAAAAUACAGCCUGGGGGUUAAUGUUCUCAGGGCACUGAAGACUGGGGACCUGCUUGUAGGCUCUGGAUCAGGCACCUUCACUCUGUGUUCCAGGACCAACUUCAAAAUUCACAAGGAAGUCCAGCUUGAAAAGGGGGUGACCUCCAUCGCUCUGAGAGGAGAGGGGCAGCAGUUCUUUGUUGGUACAGAGGCUGGUCAGAUGUACCGCUUCAGUUAUGAUGACUUCAAUAGUGAACUCAUUUCCACCAGCCACAGCAGUGCUGUCAAUGAUGUCGCCAUAUGUUUUGGAACAUCUGAAUUGUUUGCAACGUGCUCUUUAGAGGACAUCAGGUUGUGGCAUAUAAACAAGCCCAAAGAGCUGCUGCGCAUCACUGUUCCCAACAUGACCUGCAACUCUGUGGAUUUUAUGAUUGAUGGACAUAGCAUCAUCAGUGCGUGGAAUGAUGGUAAGAUUCGUGUGUUUGCUCCGGAAAGUGGCCAGCUCAUGAUCAUCAUUCACAAUGCACACAGAAUGGGUGUGACAGCCAUCGCAGGAACCAGGGACUGUAAGAGAAUUGUCAGUGGUGGAGGAGAGGGGCAGGUUCGUGUUUGGGAGCUGCAGCCCCGUGGCCAUAAGCUGCUUGAGACCAUGAAGGAGCACAAAGCCACAGUUACCUGUAUCAAAAUGAAGAGUAACGACAGAGAAUGCGUCACUGCCAGCGCUGACGGUGCCUGCAUCGUUUGGGACAUUGUGCGGUUUACAAGUCUAACUAUGGUGAUCGCCAACACAUUGUUUCGCACUGUGUGCUACCACCCAGAGGAAUACCAGUUCAUCACCAGCGGCACUGACAGAAAGAUUGUCUACUGGGACAUGUUUGACGGCACUGCCAUCAGAGAACUGGAGGGCUCGCAGUUGGGAGCCAUCAAUGGAAUGCACAUUUCGCAGGAUGGUGGACAUUUUGUGACAGGUGGAGAUGACAAGAUGGUGAAGGUGUGGGACUACAUAGAAGGGGAAGUUACCCACGUAGGAAUAGUUCACGGCAGCAGCAUCACCAGCAUCAAGCUCUGCUGCAACAACAGCACCUUAAUCAGUACCAGUGCAGAUGGCGCAAUUCUGCGUUGGAGGUUCCCCCACCCUCCUUCUUCCUCUUAAUGUGACUUAAUGAGUCUUCAGAAAUCCAGCAACACUACAUGCAUAUUCAAAUUUAUCUGAAGAUUAUUCUGGAUCUUUCGUAGCAGGAUGAAAACGUAACAAUAUUUCAAUAAACAUGCAGAAUUUACUCUGAAGAAAUAAAUGUAAUUUGGUUGAUGGAUGUAUA